AUGGGGCAAGAAAUGAAUCUCUGCCCUUGGUUUCCUAUUGAGGGAACUAUUGAUCCAAAGAGAUGGAAAAGGGUAGGAGACACCUUACAAGAUUUUUAUAAUACCUUUGGGCCGGAGAAGGUCCCUGUCACAGCAUUUUCAUAUUGGAACCUCAUAAAUGAGCUAUUGUCUCAAAGGCAAUCUGAUCCUGUGGUAGCAAAUGUCGUAGAAAAAGGACAAACUAUAUUACAGGAGACACAAUUAACCCCAGAGCCACCUAAAGACAGUAAGGAACAGGAAGAUUUAAUUUCACUGGAAAGUGAGGAAGAAGAGGAGGAUGCAGUAGCAGAAGUAAGGGUAAAAAUUAAAUGCAAAACCCCAAAAAAGAAAAAGGCAAAGGAAUUGGUGGCCGGAACUAAACCUAAAAUUUAUCCAUCCCUUACUGAAUUAGAGGUUGAACAGCACAUCUCCAGUGAGGAGGAGAGUGACGACGAAAAUAAGAGUAAAGAUGACACACCCAAGGCCGACCCUCGAGAGGUUGGCUGGGAUGAGUUAGCUGAUCAGGCUGCCAGAUAUCAUAAUAAAAAUUACUGGCCACCCCCAUAUACAGCUGCCUUGCCCUCAGCUCCUGCUGCUUUCCCUAUCAUUGAUCCUCAGAAACAGUUGAGAGAUAAAAUAGAGUACUUAAAAGAACAAAUAAAAUUAGAAAAGGAACACCAAGAUUUAAUUGGACAAUUAGAAAGGCUAAAAACUGGGAAGCCUGCUCCACCUUUGAACAAUCCUAACAGGCCAGCCAAAGGGAAUAAUAAACAAAAGCCACUUAAAACUCCCCCUGCGCCUCUUUUACCACUCUUAAAUGAGGAGCCUGAAGCAUAUCCCGUAACAGAAACAACAGACGCACAAGGCCAGGCUUGGAGGCAUCAUACUGGAUUUGACUUUAAAGUUAUUAAAGAGUUAAAAACUGCUGUAGUUCAAUAUGGUGCUACUGCUCCUUAUACUAUGGCUAUUCUUGAGUCCGUAACUGAUCAGUGGCUUACACCCAGUGAUUGGCAGACUUUGGCUCGAGCUACUUUGUCAGGUGGAGACUACCUAUUAUGGAGGUCUGAAUAUGUCGAGGUCUGUCGCGACAUGGCCCGACGGAAUGCACAGGCUAAUAAUGGAUGGAACUUUGAUAUGCUCAUAGGAGAGGGCAAUUAUGCCCUGAGUGAUAAUCAAAUGCGAUUAAUUACAGCCGCUGGUAGGAUUUUCGGCAGUGUAGAUGCCGGAGCUGAUUUUGUUAAGCAAUUAGCCUUUGAAAAUGCUAACGCUGCCUGUCAGGCUGCCAUUAGACCUUAUAAAAAGAAGACAGAUUUAAGUGGCUAUAUUCGCCUAUGCUCUGACAUAGGCUCAGCUUAUCAGCAAGGCUUGGCCAUGGCGGCUGCCAUGCAAGGUUUUACAGUUAAGCAGUUUCUGGCACAGCAACAAGGGAAAGGGAAAUGUUUUAAUUGUGGGGAAAUAGGACAUUUCGCUCGAGACUGCAAAGGAAAAAGGGAUUCUACACCCAGUACCAAACCAGCCCCUGGGUUAUGUCCUCGCUGUAAAAGGGGAUAUCACUGGGCUAAUGAAUGUAAAUCUAAGAAAGAUAUACAAGGGAAUCCAUUGCCUCCGCUUCAGGGAAACGGGAAGUGGGGCCAGCCCCAGGCCCCAAAACCCAAACAAAUCUAUGGGGCAAUGAGUUUUGUUCCUCCAAACAACAACAACAAUCCAUUUCAGACCUCUGCCGAACCACAACAGGGAGUGCAGGAUUGGACCUCUGUUCCUCCACCUACUCAGUAUUAA